AUGGUUAUUAUCUCUGAAAUUCCCGACGAAUCCAACGACGGCGAUCCGAGCAAGAAACCGCAAGAACCACCCAACCCGAGCCAGGAACAGCCACAACUACCCAACGAACUCAUCGAACUUUGCGUCGCGCGCGUCUCGAGAUGUGAUUUACCGGUAAUAUCCCUCGCCUCCAAAACAUUCCGCCGUCUCAUCCGUUUGCCGGAGUUUGAACUCACGCGCUCGAAGCUCUCCAUCACCGAACGCAUUCUUUACGCUUUGAUCGGAUUCCCUCCUCGCGAAUUCCCAAGCUUUUACAUUCUCUAUCGACAAAAUCUCUCCUUGCGAUUGCGCAGAGUCGAAUCUCUUCCUCCGAUGCAUUUUGGCUCCGCCGUCGUCACAAUCGGGCCGGAGAUAUACUUAAUCGGCGGAUGCGACGCCGACGGCCAAAGAGACACAACGGAUGUGUUUCUCAUCGAUUGCAGAACCCACACGCGCCGCUCGCUUCCGAGUAUGAAGGUCCCUCGCUGCCACGCAGCCGCCGGAGUAAUCGACGGGAGGAUUUACGUGAUCGGAGGUUGCAAGAUGCGAUCUUUGAAUUGGGUCGAAUUGUUCGUUCUAAAGGAGCAGACUUGGAUUGGAAUGAAGAGGAAGAAGAAAAUAGACGUUGAUAUUAUCGAUCGACAAUUUCAUUUUGUGGCAUACGCGGUGAUGGAAAAGAGGAUUUACGCUUUGGAUCGAGAAUGCUCUUGUGGCAAAGCAUCGUCUUGUGUUGUUGAUGAUAGGCUCUACACGAUUGAUCCCUUUCGUAAUCUUGGACAUCCCAUUGUCGUGUAUGAUCCAAAGGACGGGAAGUGGAGGCCUGUGAGAGGUGUGAAUGGUUUGCCUUGUAACGUCUAUGGGUAUGCUUAUGAGUCUAAAAUGGCCAAUCUUGGAGGGAAGCUGGUGAUUCUGGUCAAUAAUCAGAGCCAGUGGUGGGAUUACAACGGUGAAAAGCAGAUCUGGUGCGUGGAGAUUGCUUUGGAGACACGUCAAGGAGGUGAGAUUUGGGGGAAGCUAGAAUCAGUCGAUCUUGUGCUCACGACCAUCAAGUCCCCGCCUUUGAUCGAGCUUUGUCAAACUGUUACCGUUUGAUGAUGGUUUCUUGCAGAUGUUUAGGCAGCUUGUUGAAGCAGAGUGGCUAACAAGUUGUUAUCUGACGCCUUAUGCAAGAGUAACUUGUCCAUUUUCAUUUUUUUGUGAAGUGUAGAUUUCUG